AAUGGCCCUUUCCUCAGAAUGGACUCGUCCUGCUGUCGCUCCCCCGGGAAAAAGAAUGGUACAGCCCCGUCCCUCCUUGGCCCCGCCCCUUCUCCCCACUCAUCGCCCCGCCUUCUUAGGGCGCCGGAAGUGCUCCUUAGACGUCACUUCCUCCGCGUCCGGCAGCCAAUAAGGAGCUCGGGCGCCUGCGAAGGCGCUGAAUGCGAAAACGGAGGCUGGUUGGGGCCUAGCGGCGGUAGAAGGCCGGGCGCGACCGGGGAGUCGAUUGAGCCUCUUCCCCGGGAAGGGAAGGAAGGAAGGAAGGAAGGGGCGCCUGAGCGCUCGAGCUUCCCUUACCUCCUUGGCCGGCUCUCCCUCGGAAACAGAAUGGCGGCGCCUCCCAAGAACAACCUCCAGGAGCGGAUGGAAAUCUUCUACUCUGGAGGGAACCUCAACAGACUGGCGCCCAAACCCAGGCCCAAGGCUCCGGGCUUCACCUUCCGGAAGAUCACCAAUGUCCCGAACUACGCAGCCCCAGAAGGCCAGGACCUGAAGGAGAAGGAGGCCGGCUCCUGCCUGGGGAAACCAAGCAGCCUCCCUGGCCCUGGAAGCAAACAGGCCAAGAUCAGGGAUCUCUUUGGGGCCGCCCUGAAAGGAGGAGGGAGGCCCAGCCGCCGGCAGGAGCCCUGGCCGCCUCUUCUGGGCUGCUCUGCUUCUCCUGCCAAAGACAGAGACGCAGGCGGCAGGCCGCAGGACCCAGAAAGAGGCGCCCAGGACGCCUGGGAUGACAUGGAGGACUUUGAGACAGCCGGGCAGCCAAGGAAGCGCCCAAAGCUACCUCCUUUGGCUUCGGACGCUCUGCUUGCGAAAGCUGCCAAGGCUGGAAAGAGCCCGGGCCCCUUCCCCAGCCAGCCCUCCUCCGCCUCUUUGGCUGCAGGAAGAGGCAAGGGCUGGGCUGAUAGCCAGAGCGGCGUCAUCCAGAUUCCGGAUGAUGAAGAGGAUGCUCCAGGGAGCCAGUCGGUCAUUUGCCUGGACCCAAUGCCCAGCCGCUCCAAAAGCCCUCCAGACGGAGGUCUUCCAGUGGAGAGCCCCUUGGCUGACAAGAAUCAGCAGCCUUUGGAGGCACAGGAUGAUAUAGACUUCAUGCUAAAUGGAACGGAGAAGUCAGCGGAUGGUGACUGGAACGACCCGGUGGUCUGCAGUGAGUCUGAGACGGAAGAGUAUGUCGACUUCGUACCUCCUUCUCCCGGGGAAGAGAUCUCCUCUUCUGCGUCUGCGCCUUCUCUUAAAAACCUGAGUCACAUUUUUAAAGACCCUGACGUUGAGAAAACACAGGCUCCUGAAGUGUUGAAAAAGAGCUUUCCUGACUGCAGAGGAAGCAGCGGUGGAAGCGUCAAGGCACAGGAAGGCAAGCUCUUUCCAUUGGGACAGUCCCUCUGCAGCGUGAAUGAAAACAUCUGCAAGCUGGUGGAUUCAAUCCCGGAAAGGGAGCUGAGGUUUUUAUCAUGUGCGAAUAACCUCAUUCCGCUCAGAGAUUACAGAAGAAAACUGUUAAAUAAUCCCAUUAGUGGAAGUGAAAAGAACACAGGGACAUAUCUGGAUGUAAAGAAGCCUUAUUCUAGGGAUGAUAGAUCCCUGGAUAGUGGGGUCUCCUUUCAGAUGGAAGAAGGAAGUCCCAUUAGUCCUCCAGAGGGUACUUCUAGACAGCCUUCUCUGCAACAGUUUGAUCUUGCUGAAUACCAGUGCAACUUCCAUUCUACUCCCUCCAUGGUACCUUCCAAUCGAGACUCCAGUAAUGCCGGCCCAUCUAGCUUUUUGGGGAGUUCUGUUCUGGACAUUGAUCUCUCUCCCUUGGAAAACACAUCAUCAUCAUCAUCAUCUUUUCCCAAAAGAGGCUCCAGUGAAAGAGUGUGGUCUGAAUCAAGACAGAAAAAUUUUCUGGAUUCAGAGACGAAUUUAAGAGUUAUAAGUGGUCAGCGUGUUGGUGAGAAUUCCUUGGCAAACAAAGCCGUGAGCUUUGAUCAUGAUAACUUUGACAUUGAUGACUUUGACGAAUUGGACGACCUGGUACAUACUUCGGACCCGGAACAGCCUCCUAGAGCUCACCGCCAGCCUGCCAUCUCAUUUCUGGGAAACAGCUUCCUCACAGCCAAGGAAAGUGGUCAUCUUUCAAAUGCGGUUCUUCCCAAAGCGAACCAGGCUGUGUCCGCCAAGACUACUUUGGUCCCACUGGUUGAAAAUCCCUCUGCCAGAAACCCGUCCCUGGAACUCUUCAGGGGCCUGUCCUUUCCCCAUUCCAACGAAAUGAUCAACGUUUUCCACAAAAAAUUUGGUCUGCAUCACUUCCGAACAAACCAGCUUGAGGCCAUCAACGCUGCUCUCCUGGGCAAAGACUGUUUCAUCUUGAUGCCCACAGGAGGUGGCAAGAGCUUAUGCUACCAGUUGCCAGCCUGUAUUUCCGUGGGAGUCACCAUCGUAAUUUCCCCCUUGAGGUCACUGAUAGUGGAUCAAGUUCAGAAGCUGACUUCGAUGGAUAUUCCCGCUACAUACCUGACGGGUGACAAGACUGACUCAGAAGCAUCCAGAAUCUACAUGCAACUGGCAAAGAAGGAUCCCAUCAUCAAGCUCCUGUACGUUACUCCGGAGAAGGUCUGUUUAAGUGGCCGGCUGAUGUCAACUCUGGGGAAUCUGUACCAGCAGCAGCUGUUGGCCCGCUUUGUGAUUGACGAAGCGCACUGUGUCAGCCAGUGGGGUCAUGACUUUCGCCCAGACUACAAGCGGCUGAGCAUGCUUCGUAAGAAAUUUGGCUCUGUCCCGAUGAUGGCUCUCACUGCCACAGCAAACCCCAGAGUGCAAAAGGAUGUCCUCAAUCAGCUGGAAAUGCUUAAGCCACAGGUGUUUACUAUGAGCUUUAACAGACGCAAUUUGAAAUAUGAUGUUUUGCCCAAGAGGCCAAAAAGCGUUGCUUUGGACUGCUUGCAAUGGAUCCAAAAGUACCACCCCUAUGACUCUGGCAUAAUCUAUUGCCUCUCGCGCUACGAGUGCGACUCAGUUGCCAACAGUUUGAGGAGCGCUGGUCUGUCCGCACUUGCGUAUCAUGCCGGUCUCCCUGAUGAAACGCGAGACAUUGUGCAGCAGAAGUGGAUUAAUCAGGACGGAUGCCAGGUAAAACGGAUCAUAUGUGCCACAAUUGCUUUUGGGAUGGGAAUUGAUAAGCCUGACGUGCGCUUCGUGAUCCACGCCUCUCUCCCUAAAUCUAUUGAAGGUUACUACCAGGAGUCCGGGAGAGCUGGACGUGACGGAGAGAUGUCUCACUGCUUGCUUUUCUACAGCUAUAGCGACGUCACCAGAUUGAGGCGGCUCAUUAUGAUGGAAAAGGAUGGUAACAGCCACACGCGGCAGACUCAUUUCAACAACCUCUACAGCAUGGUCCAUUACUGUGAGAACGUCGUAGACUGCCGGAGAAUACAACUGCUAGCCUACUUUGGGGAAACUGGCUUCAACUCUAAAUUUUGUAAGGAAUAUCCCGAUGUAAGUUGUGACAACUGCCGCAAACUACAGGAUUAUAAACUGAAGAAUGUGACCGAAGGAGUGAAAAGCAUCAUUAGGUUUGUCCAGGAGCAUUGUGGUGAAAGGGGAGCGAGAAACGCAAAAGGAACCACAGGGCGCUACACGCUCAAUAUGAUGAUUGACAUUUUCUUGGGUACAAAAAGUGCCAAGAUUCAAUCCGGUAUAUUUGCCAAGGGAGCAGCCUACUCACGCCACAAUGCAGAGCGACUCUUCAGAAAGCUGGUCUUGGAUAAGAUUCUGGAUGAAGAGCUAUAUAUCACAGCGAACGACCAAGCCGUAGCCUAUGUCCAGGUUGGAGAAAGAGCUCAUGCGGUGCUGAAUGGCUCCCUGCAGGUGGAGUUCUGUGAGACAGAAAGCGCCACCAGCAUCCGCAAGCAGAGAGCUUCCGUGGGCAGGAUAUCUCAGCGGGAAGAGAUGGUUCAAGAGUGCCUUUCGGAGCUCACAGAGGUCUGCAAAAACCUGGGGAAAGUGUUUGGCGUCCAUUACUUCAACAUUUUUAACACUGCCACGCUGAAGAAAAUAGCAGAUAAACUGUCGUCGGACCCAGAGGCCUUACUACAGAUUGAUGGUGUAACAGAAGACAAGCUAGAAAAGUAUGGAGCAGAAAUAAUUGAAGUCAUGCAGAAGUAUUCUGAAAGGAUAUUGCCAGAGGAACACCAGCCUUUUCCAGCCAUAAACACUGCUACAAAAAACUACAGUAAUGACGAGGGAGAAGAGGAGCUGUGCACAACCUCUAGUUACUUCCAAAACGGAACCAACCGGGGAAGGAAGAGGAAGACGUCACAAUACUUCAGAGAGUCGAAAAAGAAAAAAUCUGGGUCUGGAGGUCAACAGGCUCAUUUGAAGAGGGGUUCUAAAGGCUGCAAAAAGACAUCAUCCAACUCUGCAGGUCCUUCACAAUUUGUUCCUCCAGUCAAACUCGGAAUUGGAAGAAAGCUAGGCAUUAUGGCACCACCGAAGCCCCAAAGCAGACAAUACCUUAAGCCUUCUUACUCGCUUUUGUAACGCCCUUAUUGCCCUUUCCAUUCCCAUGCACAUGGGACUCAAUAGUUUCUGUAUCAUAAUGUAUAUAUGUUUUGACUUGUAGCUAAAUGUUUUAUAAACACGUUUUGGAGUUUACUGUGAGAAACGUCAAA